AUAAGAAAGAAAGAAAUUAAUGAUGAUGAUGAUGAUGAUGAUGAUGAUGAUGAUGAUGAUGAUGAUGAUGAUGAUGAUGAUGAUGAUGAUGAUGAUGAUGAUGAUGAUGAUGAUGAUGAUGAUGAUGAUGAUGAUGAUGAUGAUGAUGAUGAUGAUGAUGAUGAUGAUGAUGAUGAUGAUGAUGAUGAUGAUGAUGAUGAUGAUGAUGAUGAUGAUGAUGAUGAUGAUGAUGAUGAUGAUGAUGAUGAUGAUGAUGAUGAUGAUGAUGAUGAUGAUGAUGAUGAUGAUGAUGAUGAUGAUGAUGAUGAUGAUGAUGAUGAUGAUGAUGAUGAUGAUGAUGAUGAUGAUGAUGAUGAUGAUGAUGAUGAUGAUGAUGAUGAUGAUGAUGAUGAUGAUGAUGAUGAUGAUGAUGAUGAUGAUGAUGAUGAUGAUGAUGAUGAUGAUGAUGAUGAUGAUGAUGAUGAUGAUGAUGAUGAUGAUGAUGAUGAUGAUGAUGAUGAUGAUGAUGAUGAUGAUGAUGAUGAUGAUGAUGAUGAUGAUGAUGAUGAUGAUGAUGAUGAUGAUGAUGAUGAUGAUGAUGAUGAUGAUGAUGAUGAUGAUGAUGAUGAUGAUGAUGAUGAUGAUGAUGAUGAUGAUGAUGAUGAUGAUGAUGAUGAUGAUGAUCAUGAUCAUGAUAAUAAUAAUAAUCUGGAUGAUUUGUUUGGUGAUAAUGGUGAUGGACUGGUUUAA